AUGAAGCUAUUUGGAGUCACUUUCUUGCUUUGUGCAAUAGCCAUUUUGUUGCUUCUAACUCCAACCUUUUCUCUACAACUCAACUCUCGUUACUCAUCUCCUAGUCCUAGCCAAGGUAUAAGCGAAAAGAUCGUUAUUAAAAUGGCGCCACGGAAGCUCAUGAUCAUCACUAGUGAACAUGCAAAUGCGAUGUCGUCAGCAGUUCAUGAAGGUUCAAGCGAACAACUUCGAGUCACUUCUUCAGUAAAAUCUAAGAGUGAAGAGAAUCAAUUAGGUGAAGAAGAAGAGAAGAAUGCUCUAUCGAAAUAUCUAUCGAUGGAUUAUCCAAAGUUUAGAAGAAGACGGCCAGUUCACAACAAGUCUCAACCUCUAAGUCCAUGA